CUGUAACAGUUGGCAAGAAAACCUGACUGCGUCUUCAGGAGGUCCAAUGGAACCCGACACGAUGGGGCCACAACCGACCAUGGGCGAAGCGGGAGAGGAGUAUAAGACAUCGCCCGAYCGAGCUCUGAGAGAACUGAAGGAACGAAUUAGGCAAGAAGCGCCGCUGAGAUGGGCUGACCAAACCAAUGACGGAGGGCCCGACGUAAGAGGCGAACCUGUUACAACAGAGCCGCAGGAGGCUCUAAGGACGGGUACCUCGAGCGGACGACGAGAGACAACGAGACGACGCUCCCCCGAGUACGAGCAGAGGGACACCAUAGCGGAUAGGCACAGAGACGACUGGAGAGAGAGCUUGAGGGAUUCCUGUUGGAGGGACAGAGAUAGAGACAGGGCGCCGCCCAGGCGGGUCUUCGAUCCCCAGACAGGGGAGUCACAUCCGCUUCCUUACGAGAGCAAGGACCGCUAUAUUAUUACGCACAAGGUCUCAGAGCCUCCUACCUUUAGGGGUUAUGGUAUCACUGAAUAUCUGGAGAAGUGGGAGCUUCACGCCAGCCGGAGUCAGUGGUCGGAGGAAGAAAUUAUAGAGAACUUCCUAUUUAAUGUGGACCCAAGUCUCGGUAGGGAAGUUAAGGAAGCUCGACCGAAGGAUGGGAAAUGGACUACGUACAAGAAGAGCCUUGUUGAGCUUUACAAAUUGGAGGAUAACAAGUAUUCCAUCAAGGACCUUGAAACAAUGACUCAAGAUGAAGAUGAGAGCGUACGGGCAUUUGGGAUGCGUUUCCAAAAGAUCUCCGACGUCCUGAUGAAGAAGGGGAAGAUCUCAGAGGUCGAGCGUUGUACUAUCUUCAUCGGACACUUGUCCAAAGGUAGGCAAAAGAGUAUACUUAGAGGUCUUCCGCGCGACAGGCUUGAUUUUCCAGAAGUCCUAAAGCUCACGAUAAAGGCAGAGGCAGACGAUUACAAGGACUUGGUGUGGAGAGGGAUGAGGAGACGUGACUUCUCUCUCUACAAGGAGUAUGCCACUGAUAGAUGUCCCGAUUUCAAGGAUUAUCCCUGGUCGGAGAAGAAUGAGGCCGUGGCUGAGAAAGUGAAGGAGAUACGGGACAUGGUGAAGGGAUUAACGAGACAGGUUACAGAAAUUGUGACCGCCACAAGGGUCACGGCCUACCGGGACAAACCUGGAGGACCUUAUUCACUUCGCUGGGACCGUAGGAACAACGAUCCCUGGAGGAGUGUCGAGGAUAAAAAUCCUCGGACGCUGACUGAUUAUCGUACGAGGGGAAGAGAAAGAGACGAUGAGCCAUGGCGACGUAGGGACGAUGAGAUAGACCGAGACCGCAGAGAUCACGAGCCGUUUGUGCGAGCAAGGAGGCUGGAUGAUUACCCACGAAGCCCUCGCUAUGAGGCCGAUCGGGGUAGACGCGACUCCCGCAGCCGAUGGGAGACAGAACAGGGCCGACGAGAUGAAUAUAGGGACGACAGAUACGAGAGGUCGGGUCGAGAUGGCUACAGAGGGAGCAGAUAUGAGAGAAGAGAUCGGGAUUGGGAACGACGAGAUGAGUCGCGCGGACGGUUUGAGCGCGGGGGAGAUGCGAGAGAGCACCGCGACGAGUCGCGGGGAUGGUACAACCGAGGAGACCGACGCGAUGAGUCACGAGGACGAUAUGACUCGGGGGACCGCCAGAAUGAUUCCCGAGGGCGGUAUGAGCAAGGAGGGUUUGGAGGAGACCGGCGCAACGAUCCGCGCGGUCGGAAUGAGAGAGGGGGAUAUGGUGUCUCAUCAGAACCAUAUCCAAAGUCGCCUGACCCCAACGCGGCCAGGAAUUCGAUGUCUAGAGGCGCAGACGACAGGGCGUCUACUCCCAGGAACUCAUGCGUCUACUAUGAUCUCGGAGAUGUAUCGAUGUUCCCUUCGAUGAAGGAGAAUGUCGAAGCAAGGAGAAUAAAGACGAGUAAAGGAAUGGAGCCGRUCARGAGCCAGAGCAUCAAGAUAACCUUUGAGGGGGACAUGGCGACCACACCCAUAAGGGUGGCAGCCACCAAGUCGGCAAGCGGGUCUACAUCGAAAAAAACUGAUACGGAUUACGUGAUGGCUGAGAAGGACGGGCAGCGGGUCGAUAGAGAGGAGGUUACCCUUUCGCCGCGAAAGCGGGGAGUCAAGAAGUUCUUAAUGAAGAGUUCGCUGGACGAGAUUGACACGGUUGAGCCACUGAGGCGGGCCCUUCGGCAACCCAUGCAGUGCUCUAUUCUAGAGUACCUGGCGGCAUCGAAGUCGGUUCGUGAUGAGUUACAGAUGAUCACGCGGAAGAUUCGCAUACCUCUAUCGGAGGAGGGUCAGGGGGCCCCUAAGGCGGAAGCUUCUACAGUAACAGUAACGGGGGUGACUGCCAGAGCRGAUCGCAUGGCGACAGUCCUUCUCGAUGGAAUGGAAGGGCCAGUAGAGAAGGAUGAGACAGAGGUUAUACCUGGGGUUAGAAGAUUCGUCGAGCAGCACCUGACAGACAUUUGCGCGGUACUCGAGCAGCUGGACGAUGCGAAUUUGACAGUCAGCGGAACCAAGAGCCGAUGGGUCGUCUCGACUAUUAAGAUCUUGGGCUUUAUAUGUGACUCGAGAGGACGCCGAGCAGACCCGGCGAAGUUAGACAAACUCCUGAACUGGCCGCCACCGUUACAUAGCGCAACCGAGGUCCGGCAGUUUCUGGGAGUGGUCGGUUACUGGCGCAUAUUCAUACGGGGGUAUGCGGCGAAGACUGAGCCAUUGAGGUUACUCCUUCGAAAGACUGAAAAAUUAUACUGGGAUUCUUCGCAGGAACUCGCAAUGCAAGAACUUAAAGACGAAUUUAAGGAAGGAGGGCGCGUGCUGGGUGUGCCAUUCUUUGACGAUGAGACCGAGAGACCCUUCAUAGUAUCCACGGAUGCUGGACCAUGUUCAGUGGGUGGUUUGCUGUCUCAGAAGGACGCUGGAGGGAAGGAAAGACCGUUAAGAUUUGAGAGUAAGACACUUAAUAUGGCUGAGCGUAACUACAGUCAAUUCAAGAAGGAGGUGUUAGCUGUUCUCCGGUGUCUAGACACGUUCAGACACUAUAUCUAUGGGCGACGGUUCAUCUUGAGAGUAGACCCCACCGCAGCUGCCUCUGUCCUCCAGAAGGACUUUAGUCUGACGGACCCGACCAUCGCCCGAUGGUUAAUACGGAUUCGGCUAUACGAUGAAACGGUCGAAAGAGUAUCUGGUACGAAAAAUGUCGUGGCAGAUGGACUUUCACGCAUCCCUCUCGAGCGUUCGAUAGUAGCUGGGGCUCUGACAAUGGCAAAGCCGAGGCGCACCGAGAGAUUUCUGGUUAAUCUUUACGAGGGCAAGUAYCGAAUGAUCGGACUACACCUGACGGAAGAGGAGAGUCAAGAUUCAGAAAUCCGGAGGCAAGCAGCCCAGUACUGCCUUAGAGCGGGCCACCUUUUCCGAAGGCCAGUAGGGUCAGGAAUGCCCUUACGAGUAGUCUGUGAUCCUGAGGAGAGGCAGACGAUAGUUGCGGAACCUCACGAUGGGGUAGUCGGAGGACACAGGGGGGUCAAAGGAACCUACGAAAAGAUACGCCGGCUAUACUGGUGGGAAGGACAGUAUAAGGACGUCGAGAGGUACUGCAUGACAUGCGAAGAGUGUCAGAAGAGAGCUCUUGUGAAAUACAAAGAGCCACUUCAUCCAUCCUAUCCAACCCGACCAGGAGAGAAGGUACACAUCGAUUUAGUGAAGAUGCCGAGAGGGGUAGGGAAUAUGAACUACGUCGUGAACAUACGAGACGAUUUCACUGGGUUCGUGGACGGUAGACCUAUCAGGAGUAAGGCGGCAAAGGAAGUAAAGAACUUUGUCCUAGAGUACUUAUCUAGGUAUGGUUGUGUCGGCAAGAUAGUGAUGGACAGAGGGGCGGAAUUCCUAGCUGACGAGGUCCAGAGCGUGUUUAGGAGAGCCGGUACGAGAGUUUCGAUAGCUACCGCCUAUCACCCACAAUCGAACUCUCCAGUAGAGAGGGGACACCAGACUCUGAUAGCGUCACUGUCCAAGUGGUGCAAGGGUAGGGACAGUGAUUGACCACGAUAUUUUCGAUACGCAAUAUGGGCGGACAAC